AUGGCGUUCUUCCAGUUGCUUCUGCAAGCCAGAAAGUUGGAAAAAACCAGACAGAGAUACGAGGACGAGAAGCUGACGUCGAUCGAGAUCUCAAAAGGUGACAGGCCUCGAUACACUCUCAAGCAGAGAUUUCGUCGGAGAAAGCUACGGUUGAAGAAGAAGGUACGAAACUUGUGCGAUAAAAUCCUAGCUGUACCGAAGGGCACUUGGACGUAUCGAAAAAUUGUCGCAAUUCGUACGGACGGUACUUUGGAAAAUUACGUGGCGAAGAGCCUUUUAGGAUUCGUCGGUGGAAUAUUUCUGACCUACAUCUUUUUCAUAUUCUUCGUUUUCCAACUGCAUUUCAAGCUCUCCUCCGCCACGUUCCUCUGCACAAUACUUGGAACAAUUCUCACCCUUGGUCUAGCUUUUUCUUUACGCGUUAGGUGUGUCGUGUUUCUACUGUUGCCGCAAUUCUUCUCUAAACGCGGAAGGCAGGCGUUGAUGGCGUACGCCUUCAUUUUAGCGAUAACAGGACCGGUGAAGAACACUCUGCACAACACUGCCGUGCUCUCAGAGUCGCUGACCUGCGCACAAGAACAAUUGAAAGAAGCUGUGAAGAGCGUGAUAGAUUUAGCGAAGCAGCCGUUCUACGCUCUACGUGACGCGAUAUCGAAAGUGGUGAAAUCGGUGAAGCAGGUGGUGAAGAAAAUUAAACAGACUCUGAUCGCGAUUAAGAGGCUCGUUCUUAGUAUACUCAAAGUAAUCACCGCUGUGUUCCAAUGGCUCGGAAGCGUCAUAAACAUGUGCAACAAGAAAUUAGGCACACCGUUCGACAGGUGUCAAAGCGUCUUCGAAGGAGCAGUGGCAGAUUGCAAGGCGAAAUUAGGACCAAUUCUUGGAAUUGUCUGCAACGUAACUUACGUAGUUAGCACUCUCUGUUACGUGGUGAAACCACUGGAUUUCAUUUGCAUGCUGGUCUCUUACGUGGCUGAUACUAUAGUCGAAACUGUGCGAAGCAAGAUAAAAAAGUUCACGAUGCACAUGAAGGCGAUGUUCUACGUAAAAGUGAAAUUCUCCCAUUCGUUUCACUUCGAGACGAACCAAAGUAGUACCGUAAGAGACGUGUCUACGAGCAUAGCCACGGAAAUCCGUUCGAGGACCGACACGCUGUUCGGUUUCUUCGAUUGGAUCAACUUUCUCACGUCUUUCUUCGUCUUCUUCAUUCUGCUCAGAGUGAUGCGUUAUCGUUUCAAAUGGCUAACAAGCGAACGUUUCGACAAUCGAUACAUCACCGACGACCUACGCACCAUUGAUCUAAUUCGAGCUCGACAAGAGAAGGAGACUGUGCUGCCGUUGAAUCCUCGCGAGAAGAACAAAUACGCUCCGUUGUCCUCUGUGUUUCUAAUCAAAUCGGAGAAGACUAAACUAGCAAGGUCUGUGGUGUUUUUAGGCCUGGCUACGAUCAAACUUGCAGCUUACAUGGCGAUAGAUUACAGUCUCUAUUGGGUGUUGCACACUAUUCAAGUCUAUGGACGAUUCGAAAGUAAGGUUGGAAGACCUAGCAUGGUAACCAUACACGUGUCGGGAGAAGGAUACUUAUCAGACCUGUACAGAAGCAUAGUGAAUGCCUUCACGCCGCAUGGAAAAGACGCAGAAAUCGAUACGAUGCUCUGUCUUCCCGAUCCAAUACCUCCUAAUCUCGAUAAAUACACUCAGAUCGUCGUUCUCGUUAUUUUCUGCUGGCUGAUCGCAUUCUUCGAACCUUAUGGUUUGAGGCUGAGGCACGUGGUCCUUUGUCAGUAUUAUCCUGAGAGAGCUAAGCAGAGAGCGACUUGGUUGUACAAUCACAUAAUCAGAUCGAGAGGGAGUUUCCUGAAGUUCGCCAGACGUCAGUUGCGCAGGAAAUUUGGCUACGGUGGCAAAGAGAAGACUGAGAGAGUGACUUUUAAGGAGAGAUUGUGGGCUUCCUGUCCAUUUUUGAAUAUGUGUUUCCCGGUGAAGCAAGACAUGUGUCUUCUAUGCGCCGCUGUCGAGCGUUCCGAUGAUAAUCCGCAUGUGAAAUGUCCAACUCCAGGCUGCGUCGGUCUCUUCUGUACGCAGUGUUUCGCGGAUCUGCAGAAUAUGUGUACCAUUUGUCGGUCACCGUUGGAGUACGGCGACUUGUCCGACAUGAGCGAGGAGAAAGACUCCUCGGAGGAUCAAUUCGAAAUUGCGACAGCACCAAUCGAAGAAGAAGAAGAAGAAGAAAUGAAAGCGGAAAAGGACGUGGCUGAGCAAACAGACGAUAAAUACGCGGAAGAUUUGGAUCGAAGCUCCGAGUCCACUUACAGUUACACGUACCAGGACGAGUCCCCGGAGGAAUUGGAGAUUGAGAAACGGAGGGAACCGUUCAGAGACGUGGAAGCACAGAGAAUUAGGGACGACGUGACUAUUCAAAUAUUUAACGAGCCGUUCGUGAGAGAAUCGUCGUCGAGCUGUGGAUCACCGACUUCCGGUUUCGUGGUCAGAGCACACAGAAAGGUUCGUGCCAAAGUGAAAGAUUCCGAUUCGUCAAUGUCGAUCGGUGACUGGUCGAGCGAGGAGAUCUCCGAGGAAGAAGUAAUACACAUAGAAGUGGACGACGACUCGGAAGAAUUACUUCCGAGGGAUCGAGAGGAUAAGAGGAAACUGGGUCGUAUAAAUAGAAUCGUCGGUGCGGUAGCGAGAAUUCCUUGGCUCGGUAAAGCGGAAGAUAAGGAAAAACCGUGCGAAGGAUUGCAGAGGAGGAGACCGUCUCUGAUGAAGAAAAUCGUCGAUAUGCUUCGAAGGAAGAGAUCGAUGCCUGUGCAAUCGUACAGAAGAAUUAGGAAGACGAAGGACUCUUCUUCGUCUACUUCGUGCUCUUGCGACGAUGAGAAGGAAGUCUUGUUAAAUGUCCAAGAUAGAGAAAGCGAUGGAAGAUACUUGACUAAGAGGAAAAGUAGAGCAAGCUGUGAAAUGGAAAAUUUCAAUAGGGGGAUUUCGUGUCGCCAAAAAUUUACCACGAAAGAACUACCACGAUACUUGGAAUCUGCUGCGAGAGGUACGUGUUAUUUCGAAGUAGACGAGAGGGAAGAUUCGCGGCCACGAAAAUGUGUUCGACAAGUAGAAGAUACCAACGAAUUGUCGGACACGAGGGCAUCGUUAGGUGUUAGGAAAAAGGAUGCGUGGAACGUAACAGAGGACGACGAAUUGGGUCCCUGUACUUGCACUUCAGAGAUCACAUUCGAGACGAGCGAAGAUAAAGGUGUUUAUUCGUUAGGUAUGACCACCGUAUCAGAACACACUGAUAGCACGUCGAAGACAAUAACUAAAGACACCGAUGAUGGUACGUCGAAGGCUGUAACUAAAACGGAGACUGAAAGUGUGUCGAAAAGUGACACGGAUUAUUCGGAAGAAACAGAGUUUACUUCUUCUGAGUUGGGAGAGUCGAAAGAUUUGGAUGAAACCGACGAAGAAAAGUCUGGCUUAGAGGAAAAGGUACUGGACAAAAUUAAAGCUAGAAAAAUACCUACGAAAGAUGUGAAAACAUUAAGCGUUCGAGAAGCAACUGAAAAGGCGGAGGAAGUAGAACCAAAAUCUGAAGAGGAAACUGUAAGAACGAUUUACACAAGAGCAGAGAGCCCUUCGUUGUAUGAUCCAUUAGCAGGAUUAGAGUUAUACGGUGUCGGUCAUAAAUCGAAGAAAUCACGCAAGAAACGAGCUGUGAAAAAGGAAACUUCCCAAGCUGAAGUAGAGAGAACAGAAGAAAAAUCUAGACUCUCAGGAGGAUUUUCUGGAUUAUUUAAGAAGAUAUCAGAGCACGGUGAUAAUACGAAGGAAAAAACAGUUAUUGAUUCUCGUAUUGUAGAAAGAAGAGUCGAUAAAGCCACGGAUUUACCUGACAGAAGCAGAUCCACUCAGACAAAGUUCCACAAACGUGAUAGCAAAGACAAACGUUUCGAGGAAAAUAUUGGAAUUUCAGAAGCAUCCAGGCCUAAGAAACUUUCUAGAGAAUUGAACAAAGAAGAUAAACGGGAGGGGAAAAGGUACCGACGAAGAUGCAAAGCUGAUCGUAUUAAACGUGCCUCCUCGAAGAGAAGAAAGUGCAGUUGCUCCGAUAAAUCAACGAUAACCGAUGUCGAGGAAUUUUAUCCUUGCGCUACAUCCGAAAGAUCAGAAUUUAAAUCGACAGAUCCUCCUCAAGACACGAGUGAAAUAUUCAGUGAACGACCAAGAGAUUAUCGAACAGAUGAUUAUCGAAGCUCUGCUCUCGAAACUCCUCUAGAACAUCGUAGAAUGGAUCAAAGAUUCGAGGUGCCUGUGUUAAAGAAAUAUUUGCCUAUGUAUCAGAGUCCAGAAUUGAUCGAAGAACUAAAACGACACGAUAGAAUGAGAUUAAUUCGAGAAAGAGAAGCUAGAAGGCACAGAAUUGAAAGACCUUCUCGACUUUCCCAUUCUACCUUGAUUCGUUCGAAAAUAAACGAUCCAAGAACUCGUUGCUCCGUUGCACGCAAUUCUCCAGUCAGUUUAACCGAGCAAGAUGAGGAACUUCCUUACCAAAGAACGCAGGCUUACAAAAAUGUGUUGUGUGAGUUUGAGAAGAGGACUGGUUAUCGAGAAGAUCGUAGGAAAUCUGAGGAUAGUGUUCCGUUGAUACGCUUGUCGCAGAAAGCGGACAAAAGUAAAACUGUGGAGCAAUUGUAUCCGCCUGAAAAUCGAAGAAGGUCGGAUGUUCCCACUUGCAAAAAGUGCAAAUGCAAAAUGCACGCAGAAGAAGAAAUGGGAACAAGCUACGAUUAUUCCUGCGAUCCCGAAUUUUUCAGCGAGACAUCUUCCACUUGUCAUUGCGUUAAAAAGACUAGAAAAUCGAACGUUUCAACGUCCGGCGAUGAAACGACAGACAACAACGAGUGA